AGUCAGGAGCCACAUUGGUGAAGAAAGGGGGGGGGGGGGGGGAGUCUAAGAGGAAAAUGUGGUUCUUUGCCUUUUGUCAAAUUGAGUCCACCCAGAUAUUUCCUCACUUAUGGGUGGACCAAGUCAUACAUCGCCCCCUCCUUUCAACGAGCGACAAGGUUUUGCGAAGAGCACUGGAUUGUCCCUACGGGAAGCCAUCAUUCAUAAAUACAAUCAUUAUGGUGAACAGUUAAAUACUUCUGAGGAUACUGACGGUCACAACUAUGCAAUCAAUCAAGCAAGAAAUUGACUCCAGUGAGCCCUGUAGUGGAGAUGAUGCCCUGCUACUGGCUGUGGCCUUACAAGGGGCUAACCGGGACCUGAUGGGUAACGUCUCUUCGAUGCCAUUCAUUGCAAAAACCGGCUGUCGCAGGAAAAGGGAGUUUAUCCCGGAGGAGAAGAAAGACACUGUCUAUUGGGAGAGGCGCCGCAAAAACAAUGAGGCGGCUAAACGCUCGAGGGAGAAGCGGCGUAUAAAUGACAUUGUGCUUGAGAACAAGCUGAUGGCCCUGGGAGAGGAAAAUGCCUCCCUCAAAGCUGAACUGUUGUCGCUUAAACUAAAGUUUGGCCUUUUGAGCUCAGCAGCAUAUACCCAGGAAAUUGAGAAGUUAUCUUGCCACAAGAAUGCCCAUCUAGAUCAGCAAUUUGUCACAGCCAGUGCUGACCAAGGUUCCUCCAGCAAGGAAUCAGACCCUCAUCCCCUGCGCAGUAGCUGCAUUUCAGUCAUCAAACUUUCACCGAAUAUAUUCACCAAGGCGUGUGCUCCGACUCAGGGUAGUUUAAGUAAGUGCAGAACCACCGAGGUCAAACGGGAACUAGCGGAGAAUGGCGGCUUUCCACAUGAGAGAAGUAGUCCCUACGAUCUCAUGAGGAACUACAUGGCCAGCCCUUUUUCAAGAGUCUACACCCAAUCUGCUUCAUUCUUGCAGAUCACCAGGUCAUCCAGUAACUCUCCCAGAAGCUCAGAUGAUGGUGCUGUGAGCAAAUCAUCUGAUGGUGAAGAUGAGCAGCAGGUCCCCAAAGGGUUGGUGCCAUAUGUCACUGACCCGAGAAGCGUUAUUGUAUCCACACACAAAGUGCCCGAGGCCAGUUCGUCAGCUCUGCCUCAUAAACUGCGUCUCAAAGCCAAGACCACCCAAAUCAAAGCGGAAGCCAUCGACCUGGAGUACGAAUCGUCAGGAAAGUUCUCCUCUCCUGUCAAUGGAUGCUUCCCGGCAUCUUGGGACACUUCGGAGUACUCUCAGUCCUUGCUGUUCCCUUUGUCGGAACAGGUCACCACCAUGCAGGACUGGACCCAGUGUUCUGAGCAGUGGCAUAGAAGCAGCAACAAAACACUUCAGGAUAGCUGCAUGAGUAGCGGGCAAAACCAUAGCUUCUGGGACAAACCAACUGUGGAUAUAAAACAGGCAUCCUUUGCGCACUCAGACGGAGAGGACUGUCAAAGUGUCCUUUCUGAAAAAACAAAUCCCAGCACAGCAAGUGGCUGGAAUAGAGUCAAGUGAAACACCCACUCCUCACAAUGAGUCCCGAUCGAUAGCUUGCCUGCUCUGAAUGACCUUCCUAUUUUGUUGACCUUCCUGUCUCCACUUACUUGCUAUUGCACUGUGUGGUUGAUAUCAGGCUUUGAUCGACGUUUUGGUCGUUGUACGUUUUCAAAUAAAAUGUUUUCAAAUUCUA